GGCCGAGCGGACCUGUGGGCUGGGCAGUGCCGGGAGUCCGGUGCCAAGUGAGGAGGUUCACCUUUCGGCACCUGGAGUGCAGUGAGUCGGCUUCCUGCUCUCUGGGAUUGGGUGUCGGGAUUUAGAAACUGAAGUGCAGAGCCGUGCCUCAGUAGAUGCUUAAUAAGCUUUUGUGACUGGAAUUGAAUGGCCAGGCGUGCUUCAUCGUUUUAAAGGAGCGUGUUUGGCCUUGGGAUGCUCGGGUUAAGCAGCAGUCCUCAUUGCAAAGUGUGAGUAAAAAGAAUUCCGGCCCAGGGCUGGGACACCAUGGUCUCAAGUUUGCUGUGGCUGCCUUUCACAUACGGUGAUCUUGGGCGAGUCAUUUAACUUCUGGGACCCAGUGCGCCUUUCUGUAAAAUUACGUGAACCGGAUGCGUCUUAGUACCUCCCCGCGGAGUUGUGUAGUUCCCCCUGUAUGGCUCAUUCUGUGUGGUCUCAGAUAGUGGCCAAUUACUUUUCCUUGUGCCUCUGCUUUUUGUCAAAACAGAUGGUUCACCAGAUAUCUCUGUGGGAAGGACGCUAGGAUCGCAGUAUAAAAUUGGAGUGACUUGUGCUUCAGAGGCCACCAUUGGUCAGUAGGCACCCUGCCAUUUGGUACCUGGCGGAAACCAGGUGUUAGCUGGCCAAGGUUCAUUCAGAUAACAGCUGUUCCUUUGGGCUGGGAUAGACGGAACCUCAGGCUCCUUGUCAGUGCCCUGUGGGAGAUCCAGACUAAGUAGUUGCCUUCCUUAAACUCGAAAGCUGGUUCAUUCUUUAGUGGGCUUAUAUUUAUAUAGCAUUUAAGUUUUUAUUUUCAUGUUUUUGCACUUCAUACUCAGGAAAUCUAUGAAGAAUUUUAAUACCUUAAUUUAUAGGUGAGGCAGUAUCUGGUUGAGAGGUGAAUCGCCUAAGAGUCUUUCUAAACUAGUAUCUUGUAUGUCUUAUCUGCCUGCACUGAGUUACCCUCACCACAACCCUGAGAACACUGUCUCUAUGGCUGCACUCCCAUGAUUGAAACUCUUAACUAUCUUAAAAGGGAAGAGUGGAAAUAUUAACAAACGUUUCUGGCCCUAGAAACUUCUCUACCUGAAGUGAAUGCGUCUGUGUAGGAUUUGACCUGAGUAGAUGGUCAUAUGGUGUUGUCCAAGUGGCCUUCCUGCUGCCAUAUUCGCUGCUCUUCCUGUUCUGAGUGGCAUCAGUCCAGCUGGGUGAAUGAGGUGUAAUUUCGUGGUUAAAGGUUUAAACAACUACAGGUAUAUCCUCGCUCAGUUCACCCUGCCAGUAUCUACUGAAGUGCUAGAAUCUUCAGCACUGCUGUUAGAGCUACAGGUAUGUGGAAAAUGUCAUCGUGUAGAAAUGUGCAUAAAGUAACUUACCUUCAAGUAAAAUAUUUUUAUCUCACUGUGUUCAUCUGUUUCCAGGCCCGUCAUGAUGAGCGAUUUUGAGGCACUCCCCUCUCCUCUGUGUAGUUGAUAGUUUGGGUGGUGAAGAGAUGGCUGACAGUGUCAAAACCUUUCUCCAGGACCUUGCCAGGGGAAUCAAGGACUCCAUCUGGGGUAUAUGUACCAUCUCAAAGCUGGAUGCUCGAAUACAGCAAAAGAGGGAGGAACAGCGUCGAAGAAGGGCAAGCAGCGUCCUGGCACAGAGGAGAGCCCAGAGUAUAGAGCGGAAGCAGGAGAGUGAGCCCCGUAUUGUUAGUAGAAUUUUCCAGUGCUGCGCUUGGAAUGGAGGAGUAUUCUGGUUGAGUCUCCUCUUGUUUUACCGAGUGUUUAUUCCUGGCCUUCAGUCAGUGACAGCACACAUUAUUGGGGAUCCAUCACUACAUGGAGAUGUUUGGUCGUGGCUGGAGUUCUUCCUCACGUCAGUUUUCAGUGCUCUUUGGGUGCUUCCCCUGUUUGUGCUCAGCAAAGUGGUCAAUGCCAUUUGGUUCCAGGAUAUAGCUGAUCUGGCGUUUGAAGUAUCAGGAAGGAAGCCUCACCCGUUCCCUAGUGUCAGCAAAAUAAUCGCCGAUAUGCUCUUCAACCUUUUGCUUCAGGCUCUUUUCCUUCUCCAGGGGAUGUUCGUGAGUCUCUUUCCCAUCCAUCUUGUUGGUCAGCUGGUCAGUCUCCUGCAUAUGUCCCUUCUGUAUUCACUCUACUGCUUUGAAUAUCGCUGGUUCAAUAAAGGAGUUGAAAUGCACCAGCGGCUGUCGAACAUAGAAAGGAACUGGCCUUACUACUUCGGGUUUGGUUUGCCCCUGGCUUUCCUCACAGCCAUGCAGUCCUCAUACAUCAUCAGUGGCUGCCUCUUCUCCAUCCUCUUUCCUUUAUUCAUUAUCAGCGCCAAUGAAGCAAAGACCCCUGGCAAAGCAUACCUUUUUCAGUUGCGCCUCUUCUCCUUGGUGGUCUUCCUGAGCAACAGACUCUUCCACAAGACGGUCUACCUGCAGUCUGCUCUGAGUGGCUCAGCGUCUGCCGAGAAGUUUCCCUCACCACAUCCAUCUCCUGCCAAACUGAAGGCUGCUGCAGGCCACUGACUUUCACCUCCUCGGCCCAGGGAAGGCAGGACCCCCUCUGCCAAGGGCCCUCUGCGUAUGCCCUUUUCUCUGAGGAAUUGGAAUUUUGUCCCUGGCGCACUUAGGCGGAAUCUUCCUGACACCAGGACGUGGGUUUUUAACACCUUGAGUAUGAAAGGACCACAGGUUUUUCUGUAGCUCUUUUCUAGCAUUUGCCAGACCUUGUGCCUGGACUGAUUUGAAUACUUUCUCUCCCUGUGCCAUUUACCCUCCCACUUUCCCUCCCUGCCUUCCACCCUUGUAUGAAUGGAUUUUGUAAACCUA